UCGCGCUACUGAUUGAAUCGGAUUUAAUGGAGUUGAACAUGAACCUGAGCUGCUUCAGGUCGAGAUAUUUGGUAGCUCUUGUAGUUUUGUAAGAGCAGAAGCAUGGGGAAAACGCACUUUUAUGCGUUGUGGUCCUUACACGAAGCACCUCGUCAGUUUAUCAGUAACGUGAACCGAACGAGCUUCCAGCUCCAGAUCCCACUGCCUUUACCUAAGCAGCUCAUCGUGUUCAGUCUGGGGGACUGGGGCUCAUUCUCUUGCGAGACAACAGUAUUAAUUGAGGUGUUUGUUAGCCCGGAUGUGAAACCGCAGAAAAUUGGGAUCCUUUCACCACAUUCCAGUUGUUUGGUGUGGGAAGGAGACUGGACAGUAAACCUUUUAAACGAAUCCUCAGUGAAGAGCAGGAGAGGGGUCUACGCCAAAGUGUUGCUCACUGUCUGUGGAAAGAUAAAAGCCAACUUUGUGAGCAGUACACCAUUAGUGAAAAGGAGAAGGUCUGCCCAAAAUCAGUUCACCAGUUUCUCCCAGACCCUUCUGAGCAGUGCUAGCAACAACAAGGUCACAUCUCAGAGAUCAUCACCUGAGGAAACUGUCAGAUAUGCGGAGCUCAGAACGAGCAAAGAGGAGAUUCAGGAUAUUAGCCUCAGAACAUCAGGAGUUUGGGCUUUGGAUAAAACUCCAAAAAGGACUGUGAUAGAAAAGAGAGGAUGCAUUUUGAAUUAUCAGGGAUCUGAAACACAACAGAGGCCAAGCCGAGGUUCAAGCCCCAAAAAGCGCAAACUGAGCAUAAGUGCAUCGCAGAACGAGGAGAGGGGAGUUGUCAAAAGGACGAGGGAUUGCCGAGCAGAGCAUCCAUCAAAGCGCUGGAACCAUGCAAUGUGUUUAUGUGAUCCUGACACAGCUGUUCUGAUUGGUGGGGAGACUGCAGAUGAAAACUACUGUUCAGACUCUAUAUGGAAGCUGGAGAUUGAUGGCGAUUUUUGGUUCCCCAUGAAUUCUUCUACAGUUGGGCCAUGCCCUCCCAGCUCCCAAGGCCACUCGUCAGUUUUUGACCCUGAGAAUAAGGUUGUCUACGUGUAUGGCGGAUUUAGAGAAGGUCAACGCUAUAGUGAUAUUUAUAUGCUGGACACACUGACCUGGAAGUGGAAACUUAUUAAAACAAAAGGAAAUGUCCCAUCAUUAGCAUACCACAGCUGCAGUAUUUAUAAGGGUGAGAUGUAUGUAUUUGGAGGGUUGCAGCCCAGUCAUGGUCUUGGGGGCAAAGCGUGCAGUAAUGCUCUUUACAUCUUCAAUCCUGAACAUGAGCUGUGGUACCAACCAAUUGUAGAAGGGGAUCGUCCUCUGCCCAGGUUUGGGCACUCCAGCACCCUACUGCCCGACAAAUUAGUGAUUUUUGGAGGCCGAAAAACUGCCACCUACCUAAAUGACCUCUACAUUUUAGAUCUUGGUUUUAUGGAAUACAAUGCAGUGAAAUAUGAAAACAUGCCACCUCUUGCCCGUGGGUUUCAUGCUGCUCUGCCCGUGUCUGACAACAGGGUGUUGAUCAGCGGAGGCUGCAGUGCUUUAGGAGCACUACAAGAUCUCCAUAUUUUUAAUAUAGAGACAAGUUGCUGGACAUCAUUAGUGUGUCCAUUGCUGUCCUCAAAACCUCGUGCUGGACACAGUCUAAUCAGUCUGACCGGCACUGUGCCUUCACACACUGAUAAAGAGGAACCGGGAAAUGGCCAUCAUACCUGCAUCUCCACCCAGUACACCAUCUUAGUGUUUGGGGGGUCAGAUUGCACUGGCACGUUUUAUGAUGAUACAGUCAAAUGUGUCCUAGAAAUCCCUACUGAAGGAAAGUGACUUGACUUAAAAGCAACUCAUGGUGCAUGGCUGAAAAACUCUACUGUUAAGUGGUGCUGAUUUUUUUAUUCUCAAUUUGAAAGCUUUUUUUUUUCCUUCUUUUAAAACACUUAUAAGAGAAAAUGGAACUUCUUUUAUGAUGCCAUUUUUUAAGACAAUUUUAAAGAUUUAAACAGCUGCUUGGCAGCUACUGUUUACUGCAUCAAAUACAACCCAAAAUAUUUUUUUCAUUAGAAUUAUGUGCUUUACAAUUUCAGAGACAAACACAAGACCAGUUGUCAUUUUUGUCCAAUAAAUAUAUUUCCACCCA